UUGCCGGUGUCGGUGUGUAGGAGCGGCCGGUUCCUCCCAGCAGCCACACCGUUCAGAGGCAGAGCUUUUCUUCACACUGCUGCAGCGGCACACACCGGAUAUUCAUCUCAUUAAAACACUCACGGCUGGAAGCGGCGAGAGAAGAAGGACUCUUUCCUGGCUCUGUUAUCCCUCCCCGUCCCGCCUCUCUGAUUUGGGUCGUCUUUGCUCUUUUUCCCCCCAUUUUUAUUUUUUAUUUUUGUACAUUUUUUGCCUGUGACAGUUUCUCCGUGGCGCACUCAGGUUUCUUUUGCUGACAUGGUAGAUUAUCACGCUGCCAAUAACCAGUCGAGCGUCGGCGGGCCGCAGACCUACAUGGAGCAGGAGAACGACUGGGACCGAGACCUGCUGCUGGACCCGGCCUGGGAGAAGCAGCAGAGGAAGACGUUCACGGCGUGGUGCAACUCCCACCUGCGGAAGGCCGGCACGCAGAUCGAAAACAUCGAGGAGGACUUCAGGGAUGGGCUCAAACUCAUGCUGCUGCUCGAGGUCAUCUCCGGCGAACGGUUACCCAAACCUGAAAGAGGCAAGAUGAGGGUCCACAAGAUCAACAAUGUAAACAAAGCCCUGGACUUCAUCGCCAGCAAGGGAGUCAAGCUGGUGUCUAUUGGAGCAGAGGAAAUCGUGGAUGGGAACGCCAAGAUGACCCUGGGAAUGAUCUGGACCAUCAUCCUCCGCUUCGCCAUCCAGGACAUCUCUGUAGAAGAGACCUCUGCUAAAGAGGGUCUACUCUUGUGGUGCCAGAGGAAGACGGCUCCCUACAAGAAUGUCAAUGUGCAGAACUUCCACAUUAGCUGGAAGGACGGUCUCGCCUUCAACGCUCUGAUCCACAGACACAGACCUGAUCUCAUCGACUACGACAGCCUCAGAAAGGAUGAUCCCGUAACCAACCUGAACAACGCCUUUGAGGUGGCUGAGAAGCACCUGGACAUCCCCAAGAUGUUGGAUGCAGAAGACAUUGUGAACACUGCUCGCCCAGAUGAGAAAGCCAUAAUGACUUAUGUGUCCAGUUUCUACCAUGCCUUCUCUGGAGCACAGAAGGCUGAGACAGCCGCAAAUCGAAUCUGCAAAGUGCUGGCUGUCAACCAGGAGAACGAGCAAAUGAUGGAGGACUACGAGAAACUGGCCAGUGAUCUCCUGGAGUGGAUCCGUCGGACCAUCCCCUGGCUGGAGAACCGAACCCAAGAGAAGACUGUAAAUGACAUGCAGGUGAAACAGGAGGACUUCAGAGACUACCGCUGUGUGCACAAACCACCCAAGGUCCAAGAGAAAUGCCAGCUGGAGAUCAGCUUCAACACUCUGCAGACUAAACUGAGACUCAGCAACAGACCUGCCUUCAUGCCGUCAGAAGGACGCAUGGUGUCGGACAUCAACAAAGCGUGGCACAAUCUGGAAGGAGCAGAGAAAGGCUACGAGGAGUGGAUCCUCAGCGAGAUCAGGCGUCUGGAGAGACUGGAGCAUCUGGCCGUCAAGUUCCACCAGAAGUGCGCCAUCCAUGAAUCCUGGACCGACGGUAAGGAGGCCAUGCUUACCCAGAAAGACUAUGAGACGUGCACCCUGUCAGAAGUCAAGGCGCUGCUCCGGAAACACGAGGCCUUUGAGAGCGACCUGGCGGCCCACCAGGACAGAGUGGAGCAGAUCGCCGCCAUCGCGCAGGAACUCAAUGAACUGGACUACUACGACGCCGCCAGUGUCAACGCUCGCUGUCAGAAGAUCUGUGAUCAGUGGGACGUCCUGGGAGAACUCACCCACAAACGCAAAGAGUCACUGGAGAGGACAGAGAAGCAGCUCGAGUCGAUAGAUGAGCUGUACCUGGAGUACGCCAAGAGAGCGGCACCUUUCAACAACUGGAUGGAGGGAGCUAUGGAGGACCUGCAGGACAUGUUCAUCGUCCACAAUAUUGAGGAGAUCCAGGGUCUGAUCACAGCCCAUGAGCAGUUCAAGUCCACCCUGCCUGAGGCCAACAAGGAGCGCGAGGCCAUCCAGUCCAUCCAGUCCGAGGUGCAGAAGAUCGCCCAGAGCAACGGCAUCAAGCUGAGCGGAGGAAACCCGUACACCUCCAUCACACCUGAGAGCAUCAACAGCAAGUGGGAACAGGCGAUGGCUAUGGUGCCACUGCGUGACAACGCCCUGCAGGAAGAGCUGAACAAGCAGAACUCGAAUGAUACUCUGAGAGCCACAUUCGCCACUCAGGCCAACGCAGUCGGUGCUUACAUCCAGGCCAAAAUGGAGGAAAUUGGCAGGAUAUCCAUUGAAAUGAACGGCACCCUGGAGGACCAGCUGACCAACCUGAAGGAGUACCAGAAGAGCAUCAUGUCAUACACACCCGAAAUUAACAAGCUGGAGGGAUACCACCAACACAUCCAGGAGGCGCUCAUCUUCGACAACCAGUACACUUCCUACACGAUGGAGCACCUCCGGGUGGGCUGGGAGCAGCUGCUCACCACCAUCGCCAGAACCAUCAACGAGGUCGAGAACCAGAUCCUGACGCGUGACGCCAAGGGCAUCAGCCAGGAGCAGCUGUACGAGUACCGCGCCUCCUUCAACCACUUCGACAAGACCUUAGAUGGGGGUGAGAGAGGAGCCAGACGCGACCACAGCGGUGCCCUGAUGGCUGAGGAGUUCAAGGCCUGUUUGAUCAGUCUGGGCUACGAUGUGGAGAAGGACAAGCAGGGCGAAGCCGAAUUUAAUCGCAUCAUGGGCAUAGUGGACCCCAACGGCAGCGGCGCCGUCACCUUCCAGGCCUUCAUCGACUUCAUGUCCACGGAAACAACCGACAGGGACACCGCGGAUCAGGUCAUCGCCUCCUUCAAGAUCCUGGCUGCUGAUAAGAACUACAUCACAGCUGAUGAGCUGAGGCGGGAGCUCCCUCCAGACCAGGCGGAGUACUGCAUCGCCCGCAUGGCACCCUACACGGGGCCCGACGCUGUCCCCGGAGCCCUCGACUACAUGUCCUUCUCCACCGCCCUGUACGGAGAGAGCGACCUGUAGAGGAGGCGAGACGAGGAGGAGGAGGGCUGGACAGAUGAGGGGAGGGAGAGGGAGGUAGAGGAGACGCCGUGAGACGAGCGCUGGGAGGAAUUUUGAGUGGUGGUCACGAUGUGCCCCUGAGAGUGCCGGUUUAGAAAUCGUUAAGAGCUUGCUGAUUGAGCUGUAGUUCUCGUGGUUCGGCCCCCAGCCCCACUGUCACAAAUGGAUGUUCACCAUCAGUUUCUCAUAAAGGUUUAUUUGAACGGGCACAUCUGGGGGCGUCUGCAGGACGGGGGGCAGAGUUGCUCUGUAGUGCGGGUCCUUAGCUUCACCCUCUCUGCCUUUGUGGGGUUUAAACAGGGGGAGGGACGGGGGGUUAGGAAUAUGGGGGGCACAAGCUAAUCUGAUACUUAUGCUAAUUUUUGUUUAUUUUAUUAUAAUUUUUCUUCUUCUUGCCAGGCGGGGGUCCAGGGCGUGUGGGGGGGCGGGGUUUGAUGUGGCGACUGGCAAGUUUGUGUAUUAGAUCCUAGAGAGAUUUAUGCUGCGGGGUCAGGGGUCAGAAGGGUGGGAGGGAGGGGUUAGGGAGUUGACCAACCAGAGAUAAAAUGACCUAUUUACCCAUAAUUCCCACGUUGCUGGAUAAGGUGACCUGUCUAACCUCAGCUCUUUUCCUCUUCCUGUCUGCGUUUCUUUUUUUUUCUCCUUUUUCUUUCUUUCUCAAUCGUUUUCUGGACCAGGUGGGUGGUGGGAGGUGGGGGUGGGCGGGGCUUAGCGCUGUACAUACUUAUUUUUUCAGUCUGAAGAAUGACACACAGAGUCCCAGCCGUUGAGAGUAAUCAACUGCAGGCCUUUCAGUAGGGCAAAGUAGAGUGGCAUUUAUUAUUAAAAAGAUAAUAAAAUAAAGAAAAUGAAACGAGAAAACAGAGAAAUUUAAAAGCAGUUUCACCAGUGGAUAGGUUUGAGCUUCCAGAAGUCUUUUCUUCAGGUUUUACUUUUUAAUUUUGGCCAAACUAACCAUGGAAAAGUCGACCUAAAGGCCUCCUGUAUAAAAUCCAUGAUGAGCAACCGCAUAAUAAUUACAAAUAUCUGCUUCUGUGAAAUUAUUCCUCUGUUAAGCAUCAGGCGCUUGUUUAAGUACGAAAACCACACAUUUAUAUAAAAGUUUAGACCGUAUUACUCAAUAAUAGUCGAGUUUCAUCUAGCUGACAUACAUAUGCGGCAUGUCACGGAUCCGUUUGAUUGGCUGAAUGAAGGUUUGUGAGAGGGAAGGUGAAAGUAUUUAAUAGAUAAACGUGCCUGUUGGUGGCUACAGCCCUGUUCCCUCCUCUAUCUCUCUCCCCCUCACUUUCUCCCCCCUCCUUCCCCUCAUUUAUCUCUGUAGAGAAGGGAAAAAAUCACUGCUAAGGAAGGAGGGAGGGGAACGUUUGGGGAGUCUCUGUGUAAACAUUCCAUGUACGCAAAAUAAAAACCUUUUUAAAAAAAAGGAAAAUUGUUAUGUAAAAGAACUAUGCAAUCAUAUUGUGCUCAAUAUCUGGGGAAAGCUGUGGUCAUCAAACCAGGCCCCGCCUGAGUUUCCUGUCAAAAUUAAACUGAGGACAAGUGAUUUCUCCCGUCGUCGUGGGAGAGGAGGGGGAGCAGACGGGGAAGGAAGCGGGAAGAGAAGACUCGGACCAAAAGCUUGUUUCUCUUUUUCAUUCUCUUUUUUUCCCUGCGAGGUUGUAAAGAAAUGAACUCUGGAAUUGUGAUUUUUUUUUUUUUUUUUUUUUCCCUUUUUUGUACUCUUUAAUAUCAAACCUUAUCUGCUGUACUGGAAACUGCAACGCCUUCUGUCUCUAAUGAUAAGUGAGUUUCACAAAGCACACAUAAAAAGUUUCCUUACAAAAAUA